AUGUCAAACUCGGAGCCAUGGAAAGCUAUCUUUGUCGCGCUCCGAUUUAUCUGGAAUGUCUCCUUUGGCAGGGGCUGGGACAGCGCCCCGGUUGGCGUGAGUGAGGGGUCAUGCCACGUGGACGAACUUGGUGUCUGCAACCCAGCUUCGGCUUCGAGCACCACCAUCUUGUCGGCGAGGCCUGUGCUCUUGCCGGGCGCCAACAGCGACAUCAUUUACAAGCAGCGGCUGCUCGUCAUUAUCAUGGACUACUCUGCCUGCCGUGCACCAGCCGCUCUAUCAGAAUUCGGGGCACGGAACAUCUUCAUGGGCAAGCCUAGCCCUGUGGGCCUAGGCAGCGGCAUCACACAAAAGUACUUGCAGUGCUCGUACGGCAAGCUCAACAUCACGGCGUUCAAGGCAAUCACAGUGACCGCCAACUGCAGCAGCAAUGAGCCGGGGCCGUCAUUCUCUACAUGCCCCGUGUUGAGGUUCAUUAAGGACGGGAGCAGCGGUGCCAAGGACAUCCUUGGUGAAGACGCAUUCCUGUCGGACUUUAGUCAUUACGUCUAUGUUCUUCCGCCGGGGGUGAAUGAAUUCUGUCGCGGAGACUGGGCAGCAGUGCCGGGGCGGCAGAUUGUGCUGCGGACGUUGUUGGGCAGUUUGGAGCGCUGGUCGGCAACACUGGAGCUGACGCUUCACAACUUCGGUCUGUGGCACUCAUGGCAAGGCGGACAUGAGUUCGAGGACGGUUCAAGCCCCUCGGGCCGCAAAGACGUCUGCCCCAACGCCCCCGAGCUAGCCUACCUGGGCUGGACAUCGCCAGUGAAAGGCGGAGGCCAAGUCGACGCAAACACGCUGCCAGUGGGCACGGUCCGCAGCUUCAACCUGCCCGCCACCUACCUGACGUCGGACGGACACUUCGUUAGGGUUGUCCCCGACUGGUUGCCGACGUACAGCAACCGCACCGGUGCCAAGAACCUGUACAUCGCCGUACGAGUCAACAAGGGCGGUGAUGCGCUUCUGGCAGCGCCGUACGCAAACGCGGUCAAUGUCCACGAGGUCAACGCGACCAUG